UUAUUUAACCUUAGUGGGGGAAGGCCAGUAGGAUGAUGAUCAUUGAUUUGGGUAAUCACAGUUUUUGUCUUUUUACAAAUCAAUUUUUUUAUUCAUUAACUUACUUAAACCAUUAUGCUUCUUGUAAUUAGUGACUUCUCUAGUUUAUGACUAAAUUCCACACACACACAACACACUCAAAGCUCACAUCCAUAGUUCCACUUUCAUGGAAGAGGCAAGUCCAAGGACUCGUCGUCGGCCGGACCGCAUUACCCAGUUUCCCCUCACUGGAAAUCAGCUGCCGGAGAGCCCUAGAGGUCCAAUGGAGUUCCUCUCCAGGUCAUGGAGUGCUUCAGCUCUUGAAGUGUCCAAAGCCCUUGCUCACCCACCUCCACCUUCUCUUUCUCAUCAUCAUUAUCACCAUUAUCAUCAUUCAGCAAGUAGUUCGAGUUCAAGUACAGCUCCCAAGUCCAGCAGCAGCUCUUCUUGCACCACCGCCUCCAUACCAGAAGAUACCAAUGGCGAAACGGAGGAGCUUGAUAAGGCUGCUGCAGCCAACCUGCACUUCUCCUUCUCUUCCUCCGCCACUUCACAACUCGUCCUUGAACGCAUCAUGUCACAAUCGGAAGUGUCGCCAUUAACGUCAGGGAGGCUGUCUCACAGCAGUGGACCUUUGAUUAGUGAUAGCCCUCCGGUUUCUCCUUCUGAGGAAUUCGACGACAUCGUUAAGUAUCUCCGUACCCACAACUCCAUUCAACCUUUAUUCAAUGGAGGUCGAGCCGGCGCUGGUAAUGGAGUUAAUACCCCAAGCGGGGCAAAGACAGUUGGGAGAUGGUUAAAGGAUAGGAAAGAGAAAAGGAAAGAAGAAACCCGAGCUCACAAUGCACAGCUCCACGCUGCUAUCUCAGUCGCUGCAGUUGCCUCCGCCAUAGCGGCCAUUGCAGCUGCCACCGCAACUUCUUCUUCCACCACGCCGGGAAAAAACGAACAGUCGGCAAAGACCGACAUGGCCGUCGCAUCAGCAGCAACAUUAGUAGCGGCGCAAUGCGUGGAGGCCGCCGAAGCUAUGGGAGCUGAACGCGAUCACCUUGCUUCGGUUGUCAGCUCCGCCGUUAAUGUUCGUUCCCACGAUGAUAUUCUCACUCUCACCGCCGCUGCCGCUACUGCAUUACGUGGGGCAGCGACAUUAAAGGCAAGAGCACUGAAGGAAGUACUGAACAUCGCAGCCGUACUACCAUCAGAGAAAGGAAUAAGCAAUGGAUUGUACGGUAAAGUAAAUAAUGGGCAUUUAAACCGCAACUAUAGCGGCGAGCUUCCCCCUGGUGCUGCCUGUAACCAUGAGCUUCUUGCCAAGGGUACUGAACUUCUCAAAAGAACUCGCAAAGGUGACCUUCACUGGAAAGUUGUGUCUGUUUAUAUGAAUAGGACAGGACAGGUGAUAUUGAAGAUGACAAGCAAGCAUGUAGCAGGGACAUUCACCAAAAAGAAAAAGAAUGUGGUAUUGGAGGUGUGUAAGGACAUGGCAGCAUGGCCAGGGAGGCAUAUGUUGGAGGGUGGAGAGCAGCGUCGUUACUUUGGAUUGAAGACCGAAACGAGAGGACUUGUUGAGUUCGAGUGCAGGAGUCAAAGGGAACACGAUAUGUGGACUCGAGGUGUGUCGAGGCUGCUGUCUAUUGCUGCUGAAACUAAUCGAAAGAGACAAUGCUCAACUACUUGGAAUCAUGGCGGCGGCAGUGGCGGAAAGAGUUUGAACUAAUUUCGCUGGCUCAUUUGUUAGCUUCUAGCUUCUAGCUUCUAGGUGCUUACUAUAUAAACUAGUAGUAGUAGAUUGAUUGGUGCAAUCAAAUUUCUCUGACUCAUUUAA